AUGGCACAACAGCAUCGAGAGAAUAUUUUGUAAGUUUGAUUUAAACUGAAAAUUAAUAUAAUAUCGAGAGUUUUGUUUAUGUAAUUUAUUUCUAUAUUUUCAGGAGAAAUCAAUUCAUUUCCGAUCUCGAGAAUGACGAACUCAAUCGCCAGCUUUGCGCCGUUGCUACAGAUGAAAUGUUCGAGUCCUGGUCGCCAGAGACGCAAGAGCAAAUUCUGUCUGAAUGGGAUGACUGGCAAGAAGAAUCGGAGAAGUCUGGGUUAUGUUGUAAUGAUUGUGGUCGCGUAUUUAUGCGUUCGGACAACCUCAACCGGCAUAUGAAAACUCACAGUGACAAAAACCACGAGUGUUCGCGUUGCCAUAAAACGUUUAAUCGAAAGGUACGUAAUUUACAGCGAUAUAUUUCGGAACAUAGUAAAGUAUUUUGAGUUAAUAGUAUUUAUAUGAUUUCAAGGAUGCUUUGAACCGACAUAUGAAAACUCACAGUCACAAAGACCACGAGUGUUCGCGUUGCCACAAAAAGUUUAAUCGAAAG